UGCAGAGAUUCGAGUGGUUGCUGAGUAAACCUUGAACCUAGACGCAUAACCAAUGAGCUUUCCAGAGCACCUCCCCAAAAAACACGCAUUACAAUGUCUUUAUGUUUACACAUGACGCCAAAUGCAUAAAGUCCUCAGAAGACAGCAAUCUCCUCAGAAGACAGGUGGAAGAUGGGAACGGGUCACACCCUGGAGGAUUUUACUCUGAGAGGACGUACAGCGGCAAUGUUUUAAUAGAUUGCACCUUGGAUUAUUCUCUCUCGUAUUGACCUCUAUCUUCGCACAUAUUGAGCUGCAGAGUCGUUCUUUUCCAUUCCAAAACAUUACAUUUAUUGCUAAAUACAAACAUGCUCAUGUUAAUAAGGACAGUGUUUCUCUUCUACUUUUUCAUAACUUACUCAGAAUUUGCCCAUUGUAUGGAGAGUGAACUGUGCUUUCCAACUAAACUGGAUGACCAAAACUAUGACAAUAACGGUUUUGACAACUCUGAGGAUAUUCUAAAAGGGAGAAUUAUUCUUAAAAUAAACGCUUUCCAGCAGGAUUUGGUGCUCGAAUUACAUCCAGAUUCUAAUUUCCUUACCCCCACAAUCUCUGCCCAGGACCCUGCCUCAGCGUCCAAUGCUGCGGCUGGUGCUGACCUCAGCCGGUGCUUCUACUCCGGCUACGUCAACUCAGACCGGUAUUCUUAUGCAGCAUUGAGUCUGUGCAAGGGUUUGCAAGGGGCAUUCGGUUUCAACGGGUGGGAAUAUUUCAUCACCCCGGUCCGUAAUGACACCACUUUGGGAAACACUUGGAGCGCGAAGAGCGCGCACUUUCUCCGACGCCGUGCAAACCACAACCUUAGCGGGAAUUCAACAUCCAGAUGCGCAGUGGACACCGGUAUGAGCCCCGAGCUCGCCCAGUCUUUGCAGAAAUACAAGCACUUAAACGGACACGAUGUGGCCGAAACAAUGUUAAAGGGCUUGGGUAGAUCCAAAAGAUUCGCCUCUGUCCCCAGAUACGUGGAAGCGCUGAUCGUCGCUGAUGAGUCCAUGGCACAAUUCCAUGGCGAUGACCUCAAACAUUACCUCCUAACCCUUAUGUCAGUUGCAGCUAGACUCUACAAACACCCCAGUAUACUCAACUCCAUCAGCAUCGUAGUUGUCAAGUUCAUAGUGUUAAACGAGGAUGACAAGGGACCUAAGGUUUCCGGUAACGCAGCCAUGACUCUGCGGAACUUUUGCACUUGGCAGAAAAAGAUGAACAAGAAUAAUGACAAGCAUCCUGAGUACUGGGAUACAGCUAUCCUGUUCACGAAGCAGGACCUUUGUGGGUCCUCCACCUGUGACACGCUGGGCAUGGCUGACGUGGGCACCAUGUGCGACCCCAAGAGGAGCUGCUCUGUGAUCGAGGAUGACGGCCUGCCAUCUGCCUUCACCACCGCCCACGAGCUUGGUCACGUCUUCAACAUGCCCCAUGACAACGUGAAGGCCUGUGAGGAGGUGUUUGGGAAGCUGAAGGACAACCACAUGAUGUCUCCCACUCUCAUCCAGAUCAACCGCACCAGCCCCUGGUCUCCCUGCAGCGCCGCCAUCAUCACUGACUUCUUGGACAGCGGACAUGGCGAGUGUCUGCUGGACCAGCCGCAGAAGCCCCUGGCUCUGCCUGACGUGCUCCCCGGCACCUCCUACAGCCUGGACCGUCAGUGCGAGCUGGCGUUCGGCGAGGGCUCCAAGCCCUGCCCCUUCAUGCAGCCCCCAUGCGGCCGUUUGUGGUGCACGGGGAAGACCCGCGGUCAGCUGGUGUGUCAGACGCGGCACUUCCCCUGGGCCGACGGCACCAGCUGCGGGGACGGACAGGUGUGCAUGCGGGGGGUCUGCAUCAACAGGCGGGACGUUCACAUGGGCAAGGUGGAUGGAAAAUGGGGUAAAUGGGGAGCGUUUGGGUCGUGCUCCCGUACUUGCGGUGGAGGCGUCCAGCUGGCUAGGAGAGAAUGUGAGAACCCAGUACCAUCAAACGGGGGCAGAUACUGCCAAGGUGUGCGGGUCAAGUACCGCUCCUGCAACCUGAACCCCUGCCCUGACACAGGUAAGAGCUACCGCGAGGAGCAGUGUGAGGCGUUUAACGGCUUCAGCCUCAACACCAACCGCCUCACACCCUCCGUGGUGUGGGUGCCUAAGUACUCCGGGGUCUCCCCAAAGGACAAGUGCAAGCUGAUCUGCAGAGCCAAUGGGACUGGCUACUUCUACGUCCUCGCACCCAAGGUGGUGGAUGGGACUCCCUGUUCCCCAGACUCCUCAGCUGUGUGUGUCCAGGGGAAGUGCAUCAAGGCUGGCUGUGACGGCAAGCUGGGCUCCAGUAAGAAGUUUGACAGGUGCGGCAUCUGUGGUGGAGACAACAAGAGCUGCAAGAAGGUGUCCGGCCUCUUCACAAAGCCCAUACACGGCUAUAACUUUGUGGUCAUGCUGCCCGUGGGAGCCUCCAACAUAGACGUCCGUCAGCGGGGCUACAAGGGCAUGGUGAGCGAUGACAACUACCUAGCCGUGAAGAACCACCACGGCCAGUAUCUGCUCAACGGCAACUACGUGGUGUCUGCCGUGGAGAGGGAUAUCAUCGUGAAGGGAAGCCUGCUGCGCUACAGUGGGACGGGGGGCCAGUCAGAGACCCUGCUGGCCGUCAAACCCAUCCGAGAGGCCCUGACUGUGGAGGUUCUCUCCGUGGGCCAGAUGACCCCUCCUCGCAUCCGCUACUCCUUCUACCUGGCCAGGGAGAGCAAAGAGGACAAGGCCCUGAAGAAGGAGGGCCGCGCCCGCUCCCACAACAGCGUGCUGGCCGAGGAAGGAGAGGAGGAGAAGGACGGGGACGUCCUGAAGAAGACCUCCUACAGCAAGGAGGGCUCGGUCCCGGGGAAGUGGUCGGCGGCCGGGUGGGACGAGUGCUCGGUGACGUGCGGCGCCGGGCUCCAGAGGAGGAUGGUGCAGUGUCUGGGGCCCGACGGGGAGCCCAGGGCGGACUGCGAGCCCACCCAGAGACUCUCGGCCACCAGGGUGUGCGGGGACCCCUGUCCCAUGUGGGAUAUCGGAGAGUGGUCGUCCUGCUCCAAGUCCUGCGGAAAGGGCUUUAAGAGGCGGCCCCUGCGCUGCACCACCCAGACAGGUCUGCUGCUACCCCGGGACCACUGUACCGGCAAACGCAAACCACAGGAGCUGGACUUCUGUUCCCUACCCCCUUGUUAGUGAUCCCCUCUUCCCCUCCCUCUAAUCAGCAUAACCCCCGCCCUAUGGACCAGUACAGCAUGCCGGUCAAAUAAUGUACAGGACAAGGGAAAAAAACAACCUACCAACAACAACAAGGAAAUCACUCCCAACAAUCAGAAUCCAUGUUUUUGGGUACAUCGUGAGCAUCUGCCUGCAACAUGGGACAGACAAGACGAUGACAAACGUGUGUGCAGGGGAGAGACGGUUUUCUGAAGGGUUGUUGACCUUUGGUCACUGAUCGGCCAAUCAGCCAUCAGAGGUAGAAGUCUACCUCUGACCAACAUAAUCUGAAAAAAGUUGUGUUCUUAUGUUACAUGGGAUAUCCCUUUAGCCAGAAAUCAGUCAGUUUACUUGGUUGUUGAUCAUUAAUGUUGGUUUCAGGUUAUGGUUAGGUUUAGCGGCUAUAACAGUGCACUGUUUUAACAUAUAGAUGGCGAGCAAAUGGUCCGAAAUAAUCAUCAACAAUCAAGAUCGUGUUGGGUGAUGUCAAUCAAACUGACAGUACUGAAAGAGCAUCCGCAAACUGGACGAACAAAUGCUCUUGUACUGCAAGAACCGUUAUCCUGCCUAAACAGUCUAUGCUUAAAUUCAGGCGUGGAAUGACAACAAUAAGCACAAUAAGCACCAGGAGACAGGAUCUGAUUGGUACAUUCAGUGUUGUUAGAGAAGCAUAGAGAAGGCUUUAGUUCAGCUGGGUUAUGUUGGACAUGUCUGUGUAGGAUCUUGGUUCAGUAAUUACUGCAGUUGGAUACUACAGUAUCAGAAAUGAGGCAUUUGUCUUCUAAUGCUUCACUCUUUCUUCUUUUGUUCAAUAAAAAAAAAACAUGCUCACCAUUUCUUAAACAAUGACAAAAGUGAGAGGUGUAGUGGACAUGGGUGUCCGUUCAGCUCUCCUUGCAACCUAGGAAAAAAAGUACCUGUAGAACUAUACAGACUUAAUAGUGCAGUAAUGGAGACAUGUUAGAUGUUAAAAUGUUAAAACUAUCAGCUCAAUUGGCACUGGUGUCUAUUGAUGAAGCAGGUAAAGUCACGGUGUGAGUAGAGAACAGGACAGGAAAAUCUGCCCACUCCAUCGCUGGUCUGCACCCUGUCAGCUGAUACGCUAGCCAGCUCUCGGUGAUGUCAUAAUUCAGCAGGCUCGGCUACAACCCACACUUCACUAGUCAUCAGCCAUGUUGACUUAGUCUGGUGCCUGAACCUCCCCACGUCCCCCCACACACACACGCACACAGACAGUGUUUACGUCUCACCUAUGGUUCAGUGGGACUGUUUGUCUCUCUCCUUCAUCACAUGACCCAAAGUCAUGGUAUCUCUUGUCCAUUUGUUGAGCCAGUGGUGCAGCUGCUAAAUUCCCGCCUGUCCGGCACAGUUGUCAUAGCUAAGUUAUUAUCGUUGAAAGGAUCGAGUGGUGAAAACAAGCCCUGGCAUGAAGUCUUGGAGGCGGUACAGAAUGUGUGUUAUACUGGACCUCUAUGUUCACAUCCCAACAACCUGAAGCGAAACGUUAUUUGUACACACUUAAUGAAACCCUGUAAUCCAUUAUAUACUUCUUGUUUUGGUUCUUAAGAGGGACCACAUUGUCCAUCUAAAAGAUGGUUCCUGUAUUACUUGGAAUAUUUUUUCUUUGUCAUAUUUUGCAGUUUGUACAGCAAAAGACUUAAACGUCCUGCAUGGGCUGCCUUGUAUACUAUGUAUACAUUCAUUCGGCUGUGCUCAAAUAAGUCAUGUAAAUACUUUUUUCAUAUUUUUUUGUGUGUCUAUGCUGGCCUUUUGAAUUGUCCUUGACUUUAAGAUAUUUAUUCCAAAAUAAAACCAUUUACAAACAAAUCUUGA